AUGGUAAACGCGUUUCAUAGAGUUGAUUUAUGCAACAUAUCAGCAACAGUCCUUGUCGGUCAUAUUCUACUGGUAUUGAUACUAAUAUUACCUUUUCACGUAGGCACACACCGACGCACAGCCCUUGAAAUCCACCAAUAUGCGGCCAGGGAAAUUUAUAAUUAUUGUCACGAGAAUGGAUAUAUCGACGCAUGGGUCUACCUAUACACAUUUUGGUACAAACCUACAGCUUGGAACCAGUGGGCACGAUCUGCUAUUCCUGACCGUAUCCCAGGAGGCAAAACCACAAUGUUGAUUGAAGCCCACUGGAAGGUUUUAAAGCGCAACCACCUAUACAGGUUUAACCGUGCUCGUUUGGACUUGCUCGUUUUCGUGAUUAUUGAAAAACAUUUUCCUGAUUUGCGAGUGAAGUAUAAUCGCGACACCGUCCAGUUCCGGCAAGCUACAAGAUGGCAACAAGCCUUUGUCAACCACUGGAACAAGGCUUAUCGUCUGCCAGAAAACAGCAAUGCAAAUGCGCUGUAUCAGCCAACAGUAGAUACAUGGACUUGUGGCUGCAAAGCCUAUCUUACUAGCCGAUUCCUCAUUUGCAAGCAUCUUGUAAAACGCUCUGGUCAUGGUGAAAUACCAGCUUCCGGUGUUCUUGUUCAUCGACAAUCGACCCAGCCAUUCAUUCGGAUCAGACCAUGGUAUGAAAAUGUUUUUUCCAAUAUGCGAUUGCUGAGCGGACACGUUCCUGCUCCCGCUUCCAUCACUUUCGCCACUACAACUGCCACCUCUGCUAUAACUCCCACUAUAUCUACUACUACAACAUCGAGCAUAAUCGAAAUAAGCGAUAAUGCCAGCGUCGGCGAUGUGGACAGUUUCCACGAUCAACAUGAAGACGACGACUCUGUAUCGCCAACAACAACUUCAAAUAACGAGAAUGCCAGCAGUGUUAUUGUCGAUAGAGAAGCCGAUCUUUUACGACGAGAGCUACAGAUGCAGAGAAACCGACAGCAGCGUCGUGAGCUGGCCCUCCGCAUGCAGCAGUUAGACGACGAGUAUGAAGACGAAACAAAUAUGUAUCGCUAUCUCAUUCCUGCGAAUCUGAAUGAACAAUUUGAAGUAGCUGAAACAAACAACACCGUCGACACCUAUCUGACGCGUGUUAUUAGAGAACGUCGCAGACGCACGAUUCCAACGACAUAUUCUGAAACAGAUCGAUACACACGCCAUGUAUAAGCUUUUGUUUCUAUACCUUCUCUCUCUAUCUUUUUCUCUUUAGUUUUUUUCCAUUAGAUCUCUCUUUACUUUUUUUCUCCCUUCUUGUUUUACCAAAUUUCUUUAAUGUUUAUUCCACCAUUUCUUCAUCAUUUUUCAAACUAUAAUAUAUUAUCCGAUCAUCAACUUCAUG